CGCCGACGCGCGGUCGGACGGGGGCGCGACGGUGGCGGUGAUCGAGGACGGAUCGCGGCGCCGCGCGGGGUCCGACGAUCGCGGCGCGAACCUCGCGUCGGCGAACGAAACGAAACGAAACGAAACGAAUCAUUCAUUCACUGCGUUGAUUUGGGUGGUCAAUCCAUUGGUGUUGUCGGACGACGAGGACGAUGAUCAAGGCGUUCAUCGUGGUGAAUAACCACGCCAUGGUGCGAUUGUGUAGAUUUUACGAACAGCUCGGGGUGGAUAAACAGACGGAGCUGUGUCAGACGGUGUACAAGCUCGUGACGGGGCGACCGGAUCACCUGUGCUCGUUCGUGGACGACGAGAAGACGUUCGGCCCGGACACGAAGCUGGUGUACAGACACUUCGCGACGCUGUACUUUUGCAUCCUGAGCGAUCGAAGCGAGAGCGAGCUGGCGAUGCUGGAUCUGAUUCAAGUCUACGUCGAAACCCUCGAUCGGGUGUUCGAGAACGUGUGCGAAUUGGAUUUGAUUUUCAACUCUCCGAAGGCGUACACCGUGCUCGACGAGACAAUCGUCGGGGGGUUGGUGCUCGAGAUCAACACGAAUAAAAUCUUGAACGUGUACGAUCAGCUCAUGAAACUGGAGAAGAUGCACGGUUCGCUCAUGGAUAAGAUCGCCAUCUCGUGAUCGUAGUAAUCUGUAAAACACUCCCUCGCUCG